UGCUACGACGCUUUCGAUAAUAUUUCGGUCACAAACUGAAAAUUAACCCAUUACUUUCAAGUUCAAACACGUGCUUUUGGCAAAUUGUAAACAAAGUAGGAACUCUUCUACUAGAACAUUCUACAGUAGAGGAAACGAGAGAAACAAGGGACCACAAUGCCUCUUAUAGAAGAAAUUCAUGAGCCACAAGUGGCACCGGCUCAGACAUCUGAGGCAAUUGUUAACAUCAAAAUAGUUGACAAAGAUCAAAAUGAGAGUGGUUUUGAGGACAUGCCAGCACUAGAGGAGGAGGAUUCCGUACAGACAGGUGGAGGGGAUAGCAAUCCAGGGAAAGCUGACCCCAACCAGAACUCUGCAGAUAUAGCCAACAAAAAUGCUGAAAUGGCUAAAGAAAAAGAAAAGCAGGAGGAUAAAUAUUUCAGGUUAACAAAGAAAUUCUUAAAGCAGCAUUGCAAAGAUAUGAAACUGUACAUGACCCCAGAAUUGAAUGAUGUUCUUUAUCUGCAUUAUAAAGGUAUCCAUCAGAUAGAAAGCCUUGAAGAUUACACAGGCCUGAAAUGCCUCUGGCUGGAGUGUAAUGGGAUCUCAAAAAUUGAGAAUUUGGAGGCCCAGAAAGAGCUUCGUUGUUUGUACCUCCACCAGAACCUCAUUAAGAAAAUAGAAAACCUAGAGCCUCUUAGUCAACUUGACACACUCAACCUUUGCCACAACAUGAUCAGCAAGAUUGAAAAUAUUGCUUGUAUCCCUGAGCUACACACCCUGCAGAUCUCCCAUUGUAAAGUCACGACAGUUGAUGAUCUCGAACAUCUCAUCGACUGUAAGGAACUCACUUGCGUCGACCUGUCACAUAACAAGCUUAAAGACCCAGCCAUUAUAGACGUGUUUGAGAAAAUGAAUAACCUGAGAGUUUUGAACUUGAUGGGAAAUGAAGUCAUCAAAAACAUCAAAAACUACAGGAAAACCCUCAUUGUCAGGCUGAAAAAUCUGCAGUACCUGGAUGACCGACCGGUAUUUCCCAAGGACAGAGCUUGUGCUGAUGCUUGGAAUGAGGGAGGUGUAGAGGCCGAGAGAGCUGAGAGGCAGCGCUGGGUGGACGCAGAACACAAGAAAAUCAUGGACAGUGUCAAUUCCCUGGGUGACAGACGACGUCAAAACAUGGCACGGCGUAUUCAACGUGAGCUAGAUGCAAAGGGUGAAGGAGAACAGGUUGAUCCUGACACGAUAGACUGGCUUACUGGAAACUACAAGACACGCUCCCAGGUUGCACGGGAGAAAGAAAUGGGGGGCGAGGAAAGUCCGCCACAGACUAGUGAGAUGCCAGAUUUAGAAGAUGUGGAUGUAUCAGAGCAAAUUGAGGAACAAGCAACCAGACUAAACAUUGUUGAUGUCACGGAUGAUGUCAAGAAGCAAGCCAAACCAAAAGCUCCAACAGUUGUAGAAGAUGAUGAUGAUGAGCCGGGGGAAAUGCCAUUGAUCAGACCAAGAAAUGCACAAGAUGAAGAGGGCAUUUUCUCCAAUAAGAAAUCGAAGAAAGGUGACAGUUCCCAGAUAUUUAUGACGGAAAUGUCAGAUGAGAAGUCCAUCGAGUCAAUAAGUAUGCCAGCUUCAUCAAGGACAGAAAAGACAACAUUCAAGCCCAAAAUAGAGGUUCUUGGCGGUGGUGAUGACUCAGAUACAGAUGAAAGCGAAACAGAAGAUGGGGAUUUUAGUCAGAAGAAACACGGCUGGACUCAAAACUCUGCAAAUAAUGCAAAACUCAUACAAGAAACAAAGGAUGAAUCUGAAACCGUUAAAACUAAGAAACUGAUUGAAGAUGUCAGUGGGGAUGCAGCCCAGUCAAAGGAGAUCUUGUAUGGAAUGGGGCAACUUAUUAACACUCCAGGAUCUCUUAAACUUGCCCAAACGUUUGAGGACGAUGAAAAGAAAUUCGCCGCAAUGUCUAGGGAAGAAAAGAUUCAAGAUUUAGCAGAGAACUUGGGGUCAACACGGGGCAAAGGGAUGCCUAGUACUAACAUGUGGUGCCCUAACGAUGAUGAUCUGGAUUGAUUGUAAUAGAAAAAAUGCUAUAAGACAGUGAUAUAUGUCAAGUUGAUAUGGAUGUAAAUCUCUGAAGUGGUGCAAAAAGUUAUUUAAAUGAAAAGGGUUGCCAAAGGACCUGAAAGUUUUAAAGUGAACAAUGUUUCAAGAUCUGAACGUUAUGCAAAUUGGUGCUGUACAUAUAUUAUAUAUAUAUGGGAUGCAAACUUAAUGCAUGAACAUUUUCUGUAAUCAUAUGGAAUCAAAAUAUUAACAUACGUAUGAUGUGUCAAGGAAGUUAAUUGAGACUGUUUAAGAAAAUGCAUUUUAUUUUGCAAUUAUUGAGAAAUGUCGAAGUCAUUUUAAGAAUAUUGGAAAUAAUAUAUAUUGUAAAAACUAUCCAACACGAUGAAACCAAACAACAUCUAGACAAUUCAUAGUAUUAUCCAAUAUAUAUUUUUUAUCAUGGUAGACCUGCAUAUUAAAGUAGAACUGAACUGAUAUUUGACAUUUAAUUAUUAC